AUGUCCCUCGCUGCAUCAUCAUCAUCAUGUCCGCCAUCCUCGCGAGACCGCCCAAGCCAUGCCCGCUUCCCGCAUCAGCCUCCCAACGCGACCCACUUGCGCACCCCCAAUGCGCCGCUGAACGAUGAGGCCAUGUCAAACGCCUCCAACGCGAACCACCUAGGGGACGGGGGAGACAUCACGACCGAGGAGGACCCCCGAGCCACGCGCUGGCGAGACCACUAUCGGCGUACCGAAGCGCGUCUGGCAGCAGUACUCGGAGGAACAUUCGAGGGCGAUGCUGUUGAUGCUCUAGAUAAUGCGCCGGGGCCGUCAUCCGAUGAUGUCCCGGCGGCGCAUGACGCGCGACCGGCUAUCACACCCAGGAAGCCAACCCGCGCAAUUGACGAAGACGACUACGGCGACGACGACGAUGAGGAUGACGAAGACGACAGUCAGACCUCACCGCUGCAAUCCAAAAGCGCGACCAAUGGUGCCGCUGCCGCUGCUGCUGCUGCCGCCACCACUCCCAGCACGCCAAGCCUCCUCCGCGUCCCAUCCACAUCGAACAAAUCCGGCCACGACCGGACAGGCACACCUUCUUCAGACCAUACAAAGUCAUCAGACGAUGUGCGAAAGAAACUACAACAGGACAAGAAGGCCGCCGAAGAUGCCGCCAAGCGCAGCUUCCAGACCCUUUUUUACACACUCGAGAGCGACAGGGACGCGAUGCUGGAGCAACAAAAGCUUGACGAACUCGACCGACAGGUAGAAGCAGAGACUUCUGGCGCGUCUGCCAAUGCCCCGGCUGCCGCUGCCGCCGCUGCCCCCCAGCAGGGGACCUUGAGCACCACCAACCUUGGCGCGUCCAGCCUGACCCUCAAGCACCUCAUCUCGCGUAUUGAUGCCCAAAGAGACCGUGUCCAUGCGACGGAUGCGCAGCUGCGCAGCCUCAUCAGCGAAGUCCGUAAGAACAGGAGCAAAUGGGCCAACGAGGACCGUGUUGGCCAGGAGGAACUAUACGAGAGCACAGAGAAGGUUCUCAUGGAGCUCAAAGCCAAUGAGCACGCCCACCCAUUCCUUCAGCGUGUCAACAAGCGGGAAGCCCCCGACUACUACAACGUCAUCAAGCAUCCCAUGGACAUUGGCACCAUGAUGAAAAAGCUCAAACAACUGCAGUACAAGUCCAAGAAGGAGUUUGUUGAUGAUCUCAUGCUCAUCUGGUCAAAUUGCCUAAAGUACAAUGCAGACCCAAGCCAUUUCCUGCGCAAGAAGGCUCUACACAUGAAGAAAGAGACCGAGAAGCUUGUGCCGCUCAUCCCAGACAUCACCGUCCGCGAUCGUGCAGAGGUCGAAGCGGAGGAGAGGAGAAUGCGCAAUGGCGACGCUGAUGCAGAUGGUGCCGACGACAGUGAAGACGAAGAGCCGAUUAUGGCUUCGCGGGGCAGAAAAGCCCCAAGUAAAGGAGGUAAAGGCUCAAGCACGACAAGGAAAGCCCAUCCAGCAGGCCUGGAGGACACACCAGGACCCGAAACCAAACCACCAGUUCCAUCCUUGAAUAACGCAGUCUCCAACCUGAAGAAUGAGUUCUUACGGGCAGACUCGGAAAUGGAAGGCAGCGUGAACGGUUUCUCAACACCCCCACCCGGCACAGCAACCCCAUUGGGACCAAACAGUAUCUCAAAAAAUGGCAUCAACGGCAGUCAAGCCGAUAUUUCGGAGGCUGAUGGCACUGGUGUCUCAGUCAGUGAUGCUUUGGACGAGGAUGCUGACUUGGACGACUUGGAGUACAAAACAUGGAAACAAGUAACGAAGAAAGACCGAGCUAUCAUAGCAUCAGAAAGACAUCGACUCUUCCGCGAUGACCACCUCCAGCCCGAUGAGCCAGCCAUCCUGCGCACAAAAGCCGGUAUGCGGAGAUGGUUACGACACAAAAAGCAAGCCAUCGAAGAGGAGUCUGCAAACGGAGCAGCCACCGCACUUGACGGCAAAGAUGGUGUUCAAACCAUUGCUGGAGAGUCGCUUGCCGAAGGCAUUGAGGGUGAAGAAGAGCGUCAGAUCCCAGACUAUUAUGACCCCGUAUGCGCUAUGCCUGACCUUUCUGAGCGUUUACAAUGGGUUGAAGACGCCGAGGGUCAAGUAAUUCCGCAGGUCGAAGAGUACAUGCGCGUCUUUCCCAAAGGACAAUUCGUCUCGCCAGACAGUGCACUUGUGCAUAAGUUCGACAGUAACAAUCAUACACUGCAAGAGACGAGGAAGAUUUGCGCAAAGAUUGGCAUUGUCAAGCAAAUGCAACUUCAGUCGCAGCUGUAUCAAAAUCAAUUUCAAAGAUAUGAGCCGCAGCCGUUCAUGGAAGCAGACAUCGAGCCAAUAGUUACCUCAGAAGAUGGUCCGAUCAUGGCUCCUUAUAUCUGUCGCGCUGCUCUUCAACGAAGUGUUGGCAAGAUAUUCUAUCAUGCCGGUUUUGAAGAGUUCCAGCCCUCGGCUCUGGAUGCAGUAACGGACAUUGCAGCAAAGUUUUUCCACAAUGUUGUUGCAGGUCUUGGGGUCUAUCGUGAAACACCAAAGAUGAAGUCCGAUGUUCCAAUCACGCUUCCAAAUGGUCAAACUACCAACUGGACUACGCGCUUUACACAAGAAGAAGCUGUGCUCCACUCUUUGCAUGCCAAUGGUGUCGACCUGGAGUCUUUGGAGGCUUACGUCAAGGACGACGUCGAAAGACUUGGAACGAAGCUGGCCGGCAUGCACGACAGGAUGCGGUCAUACUACGCCGAGCUUUUACGUCCAGCAAUCGAGAAUGCUGGCGCUGACGGCGCUGGUGCUUUCAACGAUGGAAGCGAGCAGUUUGUGGGUGGUGAUUUUGCCGAAGACAUUGGCGAGGACUUCUUCGGAUUCAAGGAACUCGGCCUUGAUGUCGAAUUUGGACUUACUGCCAGUGUACCAUUGCACCUGCUCCAGAACAGGGUACACAAUGCCUACGCUAGACAGGACAACAGCAACGUUGCCACCACUGGUGUUAUCAUGCCUGAGCCACCCAAAUUCGAACCCAUUACCCUUCAGACAGCGGAGCACCAGAUCGGCCUUCUCCAGAGCUGGCUUUAUAGCAAGCUUCACGACAACAACAGCCAGCCGCUUGUUGAAGACGACGACCUUCCGCCCAAGCAACGCUUUCCCAAGCCUCGUUUGCCACCUACUGGCAAGAUUUCGAGUCCUCGCAAGCGUCCGCUUAGAGAACAGCAACAAAUGGCGCGUAAGAAGCGCAAGCUAGAUGAAGAAAAGGAUGAGAAUGGCAAUGACCAGAGUGGUUACAUGAAAGGCAUUGGGAAGCCUAUUGGUAAACUAAAACUUGAACCAGUGCAGAGAGACAACCACAACCUGCAAGAGCCGGAAAAGGAAGAUGGUAGCGCACAUGGGAUGCCGAGUCCACCGGAGUCAUUCUAG